GGCGGCGGCGAGGCGGGGCGAGGCGGGAAGCGAAAGGGCCGGCGGGCGGCGGCGGGAAGUUGCGAGAGCGGCGCGGCCACGGCCAUGGCCACGGCGCCGGUGGGCCCCGGCUCCGGCUCCAGCUCCAGCCCCGGCUCCAGCCCCGCCGCCGCGGCCGCCCCGUCGCCGCCCGACCUCCACGCCGUGCCCAUGGUAGCGCUCAACUACAGCGUCCGGCGCCGCCUCGGCCUGUACCUCAACCCGCGGGCGGCGACGGCCGCCGACUGGACGUCGCUGGCGGAGGAGCUGGGCUGCGAGUACCUGGAGAUCCGGCGGCUGGAGGCGCGGCCCGACCCCACCGCCGCCCUGCUGGAGGACUGGCAGAGCCGCUGCCCCGGCGGAGCCACCGUCGGCCGCCUCCUCGACCUCCUCCGCCGCCUGGGCCGACACGACGUCCUGCUCGACCUGGCCGACAGCGUGGAGGAGGACUGUAAGAAGUACUUGCAGAGGAAGCGGGAGCAGGCCGACCAGCCGCUUCAAGUGCCAGCGGUAGACAGCAGCGUGCCGAAGACGUCGGAGCUGAUGGGCAUCACCACCAGGGACGAUCCGUACGGGAACGGAACAGAGAUGUUUGAUGCCUUCAUCUGCUACUGUCAGAAAGACCUUCAGUUUGUCCAGGAGAUGAUCAGGGAGCUGGAACAAACAGAGUUCAAACUGAAGCUCUGUGUAUUUGAUCGGGAUGUCUUGCCAGGAACGUGCGUGUGGUCCAUCAGCGGAGAGCUUAUAGAGAAGAGGUGUCGGAGGAUGGUGGUCGUCAUUUCAGAUGAUUACCUGGAAAGUGAUGAAUGUGAUUUUCAGACCAAAUUUGCUCUUAGUCUUUCCCCAGGUGCUCGUCUCAAGCGGCUGAUUCCAGUCAAGUGCAAGACCAUGAAGAACGAGUUUCCGAGUAUCUUACGGUUCAUUACAAUUUGCGAUUACACCAACCCUUGCACCAAAAAGUGGUUCUGGAUGAGACUGGCAAAAUCCCUCAUGCUGCCAUGAUGCAGAGCCCUGGGAGCUAGGCACUCUUCUGCAGUCUGUCCUGGCCGUGCCUUCGGACUGUGGUGUCUCUCACGCAGGGUCUUUUACCACUUCACAACCUGGAUCCUUGCAUUUGACGUUUGGAGCCUGCGACUGGGAGCAAAGAAUUUUCUCUAGCACUUUUUUAUAACUGGGAAGGGGAAAUAAAGCAACUGUGUGGAUGUUCCUGCUCAAGUCAGUGAGCAACAGCAGCCAGCGCUUUGUGCAGUAAGCGCUUUCACUGAAAAUAUAGAAAAUAUACAUUUAAAAACUGAGCGUCUAAUACAAGAAGGCUCGAUCGUAAGCAUUUGAUAAGACCUCAGACUUUCAAACUGCAGGCUUUCUUAAACAAAUACUUCCUAUUAUUUUAAAAGCUGUUUAAUGGCUAUAGUACGUCUAGGGUUGUUCUGAGGGCAGGCAGUCUCCUUCAGUCCUUGUUUUGAGAAAAGCAGGAGUGUAUUUUAAUUGUUACAGCGCUGCAAAGCAGUGAAGGGUUCUCCUGUUUUUCUUAGCAGUAUCUGCAAAACCGGAGCAAUUAUCCCUGUAAUUAUAACUAAUGCAGAAUUACUGAGCUCAGUUUAUUUUCUGGGCAUGUUUUCCUCCUUAAGCAAUAUCACAAUAUUCCUGUCCUGUGUUCAUUUACAGGGCAAGUCCCUUGUCACUAGUAUUUUCUGAGGCAAUCCCUCAGAUUUGUCGUAAGUGCUUGUUCUUUGCUCGUUGAAAGCAAUAAGUGUAAGGGAAGACACACUCUUAGAAUCAUUAAAGUUGGAAAGGACCUCUAGGAUCAUCAAGUCCAACCAUCAACCCAACACCCCCAGGCCUCCUAAACCAUGUCCCGAAAGUGCCACGUCUACAUGUUUUUUGAAUGCCCCCAGGGAUGGUGACUCCCCCACCUCUCUGGGCAGCCUGUGCCAGUGCCUGACCACUCUCUCAGUAAAGAAAUUCUUCCUAAUAUCCAAUGUAAACCUCCCCUGAUGCAGCUUGAAGCUGUUUCCUCUCGUCCUACUGCUAGUAACUUGGGAGCAGAGACCAACCCCCCCCUCACUCCAGCCCCUCUCAGGCAGCUGCAGAGAGCGAGAAGGUCCCCCCUCAGCCUCCUCUUCUCCAGGCUAAACCCCCCCAGCCCCCUCAGCCGCUCCCCAGCAUUUUUUUUUUUUUUCUUGUACCGUGUUGGUCCUAUCUGUCUCUGUUCAGGUCACAUUUGAUUAAGUGACUUUAUACCAGCAUUUUGUAUUCCCAGAUCUUAAUAAAUGUUUACAAAAGAGCCUUUCUUUAGUAGAAAUUCAGUCUUAAAAUAUAUCUUUCCAGUGAAAGUCCUUACUACACCAAGUGCGGGCUGCCGUUGCUCAUUGACUUGACCAGGAACAGAGCUGUGCACGUAAGUGAGUCCAGACCUUAAAUCGUUUCACUUCUAAGAGCCUUUCAAAAGACAUCAGCUUUUGCGAUGUCUCAAAGGUAUGGGAAUAAAUAUUGAAUAAAAAGUGUAUUAAAUUAUCAAUUGGGCUGUUUAAAAUACAAAGGCUAGUGUUACAUUAUUGGGAAAGAGCAUAUUCUAGUAACGCCCAUGACCGUGAAUGUGUUUCUGUGACUGAGGCGAGGAGCAACACUGGUAUCGCUGUGCUUGUUAGACUUAGCCUGAGUCCUGCAGAGUGACUAGGGGAUCUCGUCGGUGCUCAGGGGCGAGGGGCAAGAGUGCUGCCCAAAGGAGCAUUUUAAAGUGACCCAUUGGUGUAUCAAACAGAUUUACGGGAAAGAUUUACUUUCUAAAUUGGGAAGAGGAGAGUCUUGCUUAGGUAUCUGCAGUCGCUUGAACUCUGCCACUUCGUUCAUUACUUCAGCCACUGACUCGUAUUGAUUUUACGGCUUAAUGCCUUGCUAGUUUACAUUUUUAAGGUUGCAUCUAGAUGUGAUUUUUUUUUUUUUAAUAUAUUUUUUAAGGAUUUUUUUUUAAAGCAUUACCAGGGCUGAGGUGCGGACAGAAAUUUGUGCUCCUGCCUUUUGCUCACCCGCCCUGUCAAUGAACGGUCCCGUACCAGCGGGUGCUGUGAAGUCCCGUCCAUGCGCCGCUGCCGGUUCCUCCUGGCUGAGAGCAGCCAGCUCGUGACCUGAACACGGUGAAGCUUCUCCACGCGCCUCACGAUAGCGACGGGGCCAUUUUUGGGUAGGCCCGUGAGCUGGGUGUUUUUCAGUCCCUCCUACGAAUACAGCUGCUGCCGUCGUGCCAAAGUGACGCUCGCACCUCUCUCUCUUUCUAGAACAAGUGAGAAGUCCGUGGGCAGGAGGGGAGAAAAGUUGAGCUGAUGAUGGGUUUCUAAAUAGUUUGUCUUCAUGUCCAGUUGCCCUCAGGCCUCUCCUGCAGAAGCGGAGACAGCUGCUUGCCUCGGGGUUUCUGCAUAAUCGUUAAAUGUUAAUUAUAGAAGAGUUUCUGGAAGCUGCUUGAUCCCCGGGCGCUCCUGGGGCUUGGAGAAUUCUCAUACUCUGGAGUGUCUAUAAACAUUAAUUAUGGGUCAUUACUCACAGGGCCAAACCAGAUUCCUCUUGUUUGGAGAGCUGAAAGGACUCUAGUGACUAAUUAGGAGGGGGCACAGGCGGCUGCGCUGCAGACGCUAGAGGGAGGCAAUGGCCCGCGCUGGCACCCUGCGAGGGAUCCUGCCCGCUGGGUGGGAUGGAGGAGAGACCGGCUGCGCCCCAACCCGCUGGCAGGGCCGGGAUGGAGGAAAGAGGAGCGGGUUUUCUUCCUCUGCCCCUCGCACCCUCUUCUAAGGAGGCUAUACCAGAAAUAGUGAGAAUUUUGGCAGACUGAACCUCGUGCGGUGUCUUCUGCGUGAGUCCUGACGGGUAGUUUGGGACUUGGGGUGUUGCGAAUGAGGAAAAUGGAAUAGCAGCAAAAAUAAUAAUGGUCAGCUUUGUAGGAGAUGGUCUGGUGAUGGCUGAACGGGGGGAGGGCUGCUUCUGCAAGGGAAGGACAAGAGCUGAAUUUCCAACCCCUCUGACUUCCAGCAGAUAAAUGCAAUAUUCCAAAUAAUUGUGAAGGAUGUCAGUGCUUCGGCGAGAUCUCGUUAUCAGCCAGCUCUCUGCGCCGGGCCCUUGUGUCUGCCUGGCUCGGACGGCGGGCGCGCGUUACUGUUGUCAGACUGUUCCUUUCCUAAAGCGGUGGCAAUUGUCUUGGGGUCUGGAAUUACUACUUUGCGGUAAAGUAAGGUAACAGCCCUAAAUCAUGAAAUAUGUGCUUGAAAUAUGUAUCAUUUAUGUAAAAAACAGAGUUUAUGCACUUCUGACAUCUUCAUAUCUGUCUUGUCAUGGUGACACCUAUGAAUGAUAUAAAACCUGGUUAUUGUAAACACAUUUCAGUGGCAACUGUGGUUCUCCUCCCCUCUUCCAUGCUCGGUGGAAGAUUUUGAAAAUUUUGAAGACCUUUAAAAAAGGGAUUUACAAAAUUGCAAUGUUACAUUUUUUCCCCUUUAUUUCUUUCCCUCACUGAAAUUGUCCUAGUUGAAUCUCUUAGUACCAAAUCAUUUAUUUUUAUAUAUAUACAUAUAUAUUUAUAUUAAUUUCUAUCCUGAUACAAAUCUUUGGAAAAGCGUAUGUGUUUUAUAGCCAUUCUGACAAUAGUGAACAAUUCUGUGGGUUUUUUUCCUCCUCAAAAAAACAAACUUUUGCUACUUGUGAAAACAUUUUAAAAUAAAGAAUUAAAAUCCA